AUGGACCUUGUUCUUCACCUGGCAGACGAGUUCUUGCUCGACAAUGUCUGGGCAAAGAUGCUUCCUGCCUCACGCUACUCACCGAUCUGCUCUGCAACGCAUGCCAUGGCUUUGAAUCAGACUAUCACUGAGGCUGAUCGGCUUAUGGCGUGUGGCGCACCUGGUCAAGAGGUGUCGUGGCUUCCGCGCGACAACAUAAUUCGUCAAAUCAUAUCGCUCUAUGUGAUCACAUACAUUGGCAUCAUUUUACUAUAUUUCUCCUGCGCCGGUUUCUCAUACUAUUUUCUUUUCAACAAGGAUCUGAAGAAACAUCCACUGUAUCUAAAGAACCAAGUGAAGCUCGAGAUUCAGUCAUCCUUACGCGCAUUCCCGAUGCUUGAUUUGCUUACCCUUCCUUGGUUCGUGCUGGAAGUACGUGGUUAUUCGCUCGCAUACGAUCGUUGGGACGAGUAUGGAUUGUGGUACUUGAUACUGAGUGUGCCACUCUUUCUGGUGUUUACUGACGCUUGCAUUUACUGGGUGCACCGUUCAGAACACCAUCCACGCAUAUACAAGUAUAUCCACAAGCCGCAUCACAAGUGGGUUGUACCCACACCGUUUGCUUCGCAUGCCUUUCAUCCACUUGAUGGCUAUGCGCAAAGUCUCCCAUACCAUAUUUUCCCUUGGAUCUUCCCCCUUAACAAACUCUUGUUCCUCGCUCUCUUCGGCUUUGUCAAUAUAUGGAGUAUUAUGAUCCAUGACUCAGACAUGAUCAACAACACAGGGCUGGAGAAAUACAUCAAUGGACCGGCUCACCAUACUCUUCACCAUCUUUACUUCACUUGCAACUACGGUCAAUACUUUACUACAUGUGACCGGUUGUGCGGUAGCUUCCGCGAGCCUCAAGCGGAGGAUGAUCCUCUACUUGAAGCUAAUGGAGUUCCACGGCCCCAGCGCGCGAAGCCGACAAAGUCUGAUUAA